AGGUGAAUUAUGCGGCAUGAUCAUUUUUGCUGAAGAAUAUAUUGUCUUCCAAUCUGAUUACCAGCAUCAUUGGAUAAUAUUUCAAACAUAUUUGUGUUUUUUGAUGCCUUUUAUGACUCCCAGAACCUAUACUGUUGAAGAGAGAUGAAGUUGCUACUCUAUAUCGUUACAUUUUGACAGAUCGCUGAGAGGAACGCCAGUGCUUUGCAUAAACAGUACUCAAGUAGUUGAAGUUGUAGUUGGAUAUUUAUGGCUAAUAUAGACCCAAUAGUUCGUCUGUUGCUGCUGCUGUACGUGGUAGUGUGUUAUGGCGAUGUUUGUCAACGAAAAUGUAAAUGUUCCCUUCGAAAGAAAAUGUAUAAAGUGAUUUGUCAGAACAAAGGAAUAAAGGAUAUAAGUCUGUAUACUUUCCCAAAGAAUAUGGAUGUAUUGGAUCUUUCAAGGAAUAACAUUACGAUCUUAAGAAGGCACUUUUUAGAUAACCAUUAUAAACUGAGGAACUUAUAUCUGCACAAGAAUUCUAUCAGUGCAUUUGAAGCAAGAGCAUUUGUUGGUCUUGAUAACUUAGAGCGACUACAACUAAAAGAAAAUAACUUGGUUGAACUAAAAAAUAAAUCAUUUGAAGGACUCCCAAAGCUCAAGAUGCUUGAUAUUGGCAACAACAGGAUUAAAAAAAUUGAUAGAAAAGCAUUUGAUGGAUUAAAGAAAUUAACAAAAUUAUUUUUGAAAAACAACAGUUUUACUACAAUUUUAAAUGGAACAUUUGAUGAAUUGACUUCUCUGAACAAAAUCGCCCUGAAAGGUGUGCCGCUUAUAUGCAAUUGCCAACUUAAUCCCUUCAUGAAAUUUGUAGCGAAGCACACUAUUAAAGUCCAUGGCACUUGCCAAAGUGACGAAACCUUGGGUGAUCUCAAAGGAAUAGAUCUUUGUGAUAAACCACCGGAUCUUAUUCUGUCCCCGGCUGAAGAUCAGAUUGUUGCAAUUGGUGAUAGUCUUACAAUCACGUGUCGAACAACAAGCAAACGUAAACGAAGCCUUUACUGGGGAAAGAACAAGAAACCUCUUCCAAAUUAUUUGCAAGUUUUGAAGUUCACUAAGGGAGAAACGAUUGCAACUAUGGUGAAAUUUAAGUCAAUCAAGUGGAAAGAUGGUGGAACGUACUUGUGUUCCGGUGACGAUAUGAUUACCAAGGAGAUUGCUGUCCGAGUGGUGACCUGGAAACGACCCAUGUGUUCACGUGACGUGUUGAUAGUUGGCCAUGAUCAAUACCUCUGGCCAGUGACAUUAGGGCGAACAGCAGAGGUAGCAUCAUGCCCCUGGCCAAAUGACGGUGAGGUUACGGGUGUUGAUACUCACGUGCGACGCACGUGUAACGAGAAAGGAGUUUGGGGCGAGAUAACUACUGGUAACUGUCAAUUGGCACCGCUUUCCGAGAAACUCUUUCUAUUACCCAAGUUGCUGAAGAAAAAAGACUUCGCCGAAGUUUUGAAUGUCGUCGAAAAACUAAAACUGUUAACGGUGCCGUCGUUUUACGAUAACGCUGCGAAUGUCUCUUUGGCUUACAAGGCUUUUUCUGCCAUCACUGGAAUACGGAUGAAGUUCCAGGGCAAGCUACUGGAUGACCUGAUGGCGUGUUUUAACAACAUAAUGGGUGUCAAAGAGAAGAUCCUCCAUGCUGCAGAAGAGAAAGAUAGAUCUCCCUCAAGAAUUGCCGUUCAAUUGGAACUAAUAUCACGUAGAGCGUGGAACAAGUCUUUAUCGUAUAAGUUAAGCGAUGUUGUGCUUGGCUCUGUGAACCUCAAGAAUGUUGCUUCAAAUGGCAACACGACGUGUAAAGUCUUCUUUGAUGCUGACAAGAGAAAAGAUUCUCCUGGUGUUAUCUGCCACCCAAACAAACGCAAAGACUUCUCUUUGUCCAUUGUUAUACCUGCCACAAUAUUUCAAAGUUUAGAAGCUGCUGGUUUCCCUUCGAAAAAUUUUAAGCUUCAGUUUCUCGUCUAUCGUAACGCCUUCCUGUUCCCUAAUGUUCUUUCAAACGAGACAGAAGACAUUAUGAAAGGAAGAUAUGUUUCAUCCAAUGUCUUGUCUAUUCAAACGGAAGUCAAAAAGGAAAUAAAUCUCACAGAUCCAGUCGUCAUUCAAUUUGCUACCAAGCCCGGUACUGAUCCAAUAAUCAGCUAUUUUGAUUUGGGUGAAAAAGUCGCUGGCAAACAGUGGUCACGAAUGACGGGCUGCCACGUGAAACUUUCAACGGCUUCCAUGACAACUGUUGAGUGCUCACGUUUAAUGAACAAAAACCUGGCUAUCAUGUCGAAAUCGGGAGCUACCCAAGACGUGUUUUACCCUGUAGAAAUUGUCGUCUAUCUGGGCGCUGUUGUUACGUCACUCCUUUUGAUUGCUGUUUUAAUCACUUUUGCUCUGGCAAGAAAUCUUCGAUUUAACCGUGAGGAUAUUAUCAUGCUGAUGAACGCUUGCCUAUCGUUGUUGGUCGUCGUAUUGUCGUUCGCCUUCGGAAUCGACCGUACAGAGAACGCGAUUGUAUGUCGGAUGGUCGGGAUUUUUUUGCAUUUCUUUUUCUUUGCUUCCCUGCUCUGGCUCGGGAGUUAUGUCGUGUGCGUAACACGUCGCUUGAUGCCUCCAAAAGAAACCAGCGACGAAGUCUUUAAUCCUGUUCUGAUGUACUAUAUGGUCAGCUGGGGAGUUCCAGCGAUUGUUUGUGGUAUGACUUUAGCUGGUGAUCUAAAGAACUACAAAACAGCUGACUACUGCUGGUUGACAGAGAGUGCGGGCUUAGGAGCGUUUAUUGGUCCAGCUUGCCUGCUGUUCAUAAUCAACGCUGUUUUGCUUGUGCGCCUGCAUUUGAUACUGGCUCGCGGUGCUAUCGACCGUCGCCCAAGCGAAGAGAACACGGAGGAGGAGAGGUUACAAACGGACGAACCGGGCGUCCUCGAAGAUGCCCCGGACCCUAACGAGGCACAAAACGCUGAAAAGUCUUCCAUGACUCUAAACCUUGUCGCCACGUGGGUCGUGAUGUCUCUCGUCUAUCUCAACUUCAUCUUGGCGUAUUUUCUUGUGAACUCGAGAACUUCCAAGCUUCGUUGGAUCUUUCUUAGUUAUGUUUACGCGUUGGCGAACAUAGCCUUAGGCACCGCGAUAUUGGGUUUUCAUUGCGUCGCACGGCCAAACGUGCGCGAGACAUGGGCCGCAAUGUGGAAAUGUUUACGUGAGAUCAAAAUCUCUUGCGGGCUGUGCAGGGCCUGCAGGUCUCUGUGGGAAAGCUUCAAAACGAAAGAGAAUACUUUUGUGGUAAAUGAACCCAUUUUAAUGAACGGUGAAGCUAUGCCUCAAAGAUUGGAGUCUGAUCGUCAAUCCAACAUAACUCUUCCGUCCUCAGCUGCUCUGACCAAUGACGUCUUUGUUAAUGGCCGGCCAAUGUCUACUGCACGACUUUCGUUGCUUGAUGAGGCAGAUUUUCCACCAGAUGAAAAUCCCCGUGCAGGAGCUGCUGACAACGAGGUCGAUAUUACAGAGACUGGAAACGGCGAUGAGAACAGACGCAGCCAUAGCUCAAUACAAUCAGAGAGGAAGAGUAGAACUGUUGGUGAGGUUGCUACUGAAAUAUCUCCGAGCAUUCCCGAGGACAACGAAGAAAGUCAAAACUUGCUGGAAGAGACAAACGAGGAUCACGCGGACGUUACCGAUGGUCUUACGUCGAAAUCCGAAUCUUCGGCGCCAACUGCCAUCGAAGUACCCCAGAAUCCUGUUCGGGCAGAUAGUCCAGUGGCAGAGGCGGCGCGUUUUAGCGGGCAUGCAGGCAUGGUACGACCUUUUGUGUUACCAGGUAGUGGAAUAAUACCAUUUCCAUCCGCAAACCUACAUCCUCACCCGGGACAUCAAUUCCGACCCGUUUUCCAGGCUCCCUUUACCCACCCGAGUAUGCCUGCAUCCUACUAUGCGCCUGCAAACCAAGGCCAUCCUUCAAAUCAAGGUCAUCCAAUGCAUCAGAUACCGCCUACCCUUCAAGUGACACCUGCACAUCAGGUUCCACCUGGUCAUCAGGUUCCACCUGGUCAUCAGAUCCCACCUGCACUUCACGUGCAGCCUGCAUUAAUUGAGCCCGCGCCUCCUAGUUAUCAAAAAGCCACUGACGUCGCCUCGCAAUCAAGCUCGUCGAUCGGGGAGAAUACUCUCUCCUCGCGUUCCAACUCAAAACGAAAGCGUUCGAGCGAAUCUUUAGGUUCACGAAACGAAGCCGGAUCGGUUGGACCCAGGGCACGAAAGCUUCAUCAAAAUCAAGUCCAGGCAUCUAGCUCGGCUGCUAUAAGCGAAGUUCCUGCCCCAGGACAAGUUGCAAACCGACUGAGUGACUCAACGAACGCGCGAAAUGCUGCUCAGAAUCUUGGGGCUAGCUCUAGUAACUCACGACCUGCAAGUCGUUAUAGAGACGGCCGCCUGAAGCCUGAGCCCAAGCAAUGGAACGGAUCUACUCGAAAUAGGAUUGCAUAUGUUCCCAUCCCUCACGUGUCGAAAAUCCACAGAGAACCGUUACAUAAUGAAACCAGCGUGUGAGCAUUACGAAUAUGAGGAACGAAGGAAGAGUUAAAAUGGAAGAAACCGUGUCUUUAUGGACUGAAGACUAUCUGAACUGAGUAAAAGCGUGUGUUGUUAUUCCAGUAAAGCACCAGGGAUGUUUGACUCUUGGUUGAACUGCCAGGCUUCCCAAAGAUAUGUUAUCAUUUACUGCUGAAGGAAUGACGAAUACCUGACACGGUUCAAGCCGCAAUUGUACGACUAUUCAAAAGCGAUCACGCUGAGACUGAAUAUUGAAAAAAAACACUUAAGUCACCAACUAUGGGAUUUCGUCCACACAAAGUAAUCCUUAAUUUUUGCUGGUAAUAAUCACAGUAAAUGAUGUUUUUCAAGCACAAACAGGGAGUCCUAGGAAACCAGUUGGACUAUUUAUCAACUGUGAUAUUGUACAUAACAAGACUUUUUUACUUCCUAUGGCUUCAUUUUAAAUACACGUGGGAGUCUGAAUCUGAAAAUAUCGAUUCUUGUAUUUUUAUUUUUAUUAAGCCUUGCGCAUUGUAUGAUAAUCGGGUUUUGUGGAACCCACAAAUAAAGCUCAAUUUUGAUACGAAAUAUUUAAACUUCGUAUUAAAAGUUCUGGUUCUUGGGAUUUUGUUCACAUGUCAACAUGUCAUGUUUUACUUGUUUUUUAGCCGUGAGUGAGUGUAUACUCAAAGAAGAGUAAAAUAAAUUUAUACACACAUUG